UUGUAUUUUAGCAGAGACACAGAGAGACCGCGGCAAAAUACUCCCAAGAAAAUGCCUUGAACACUGAUCCUCCCUCCAUAGCUGCGAACUCUCUUUCAAAGCAACUCUUCAUCUUCCCCUCCAUUUUCCUAACGCCCCAAUGCCGAAGAAGCGUCGAGUUCCAGAGAUUCUAUGGCGGCUCUUCAACCAUCGCGCCCGCACGCUUGCCGAAACCAUCACCUCCUUACUUCCUCCGCCCGAUUGCCGCUGCCACCGGCGGCGUUGUCUCCGCUGCAGUGGUGCAACUACGGACGGUUUCCUUCUCAGGCCAGACGAUCCUCCUGCUUAUCGAGAGCUUUUGACUCAGUGUUACGUUGUUGUCUCUGAGAAGGCGUCUCCCCGCUCUUCUUUUUCAAAUGAAUCGCACUGGUCUCAGCAUCAGAUUGUGGUAAGGACUAUCGAAAUAAUAAUCAGUACACAGCCGGUUGAUAGCAAUUUAAUUUGCUGUGGGUUUAAUAAGUUGACCCAGUCAAGUCCAAUUGUUGAUCUUCUAACUUCUCCAGCCUGGGUUCUUCUCUUAAGCAGGGUUAGGGAUGAUAUGGUGGUUUAUCUGCUAAUGAAUACUUCAAUAUUCUUGCCUCUAUCACAGAAUAGGCACCAUCAGGUGGCAGGUCUUCCCAUCAAUAAUUUGUGCAAUAAGUUGUCAGGAUAUUCAGCUGGUUCCUCAAAUCAACGUAAUUUAUCUGGACUGCUGAACAAGAGGAAAAGAGAUGGUGAACAACCUAGUGGUUCCUUCAGUGAUCCUUGCCCUCCCUUUCACGCCAGAUAUUUUUCUGGGUGUGAAAGUAGUUAUUUCAAAUCAUCUUGCUGGCGUCAAGAGGACAAACAGUUCCAGUUGGGUCCAUCGGACAUAAUAAGUCAAUCGAUCAGUAUUCCUAUUCCUACUCUUGAAAAUAAUUCAAAUAGGAAAUCAGAAAAGUCAAGCCAGUCUGUUACAGAACUUGGAAAGCGAUCAAGGCCAUUUAGAUGGCAACGGGAAAGAAAGCGUAGGCUACUAGAUCCUGAGAAUAAUUGUAGUUCGACCUCUUGCAAGUCAAUUAGUUCUGGUAAGAAUAUCUUGCAUGCAAAGCCUCCAAAUCCGUUAAGUGACCAGUCAUGCCACUCCCACAAGCAAGCUCGAAAGAUUAUAGAAGAGGUUUACAUUAACAGGAAAUCCAUGUUUUACAACCUGGACUGUUCAGGAAUUGUUCUGAAAGGAAAUAUACUUGGUUCAUUGAAGCCAAACUUUGCUGGUUCAGAGAGUCUUGCUAGAUUUAUCUUUGGUUCAUAUGAUGCAAAUGGAAAUACUCCUUCCUCAUUACUCUUCUGCAACUGUGGCACCUGUCCAUUUGGGUCAAAAUGCCUAUAUUGUUCACUUACCAAAUUGCUCAAAGUUCUGAUACGUAGAAGCCGUAAUUGUCAAUACCUUAGAUUGUUGGAUAAGCACUGUGGUGCCCCAUCAUUAGAACAAAUAUCCAUUGGAAAUUCAGGCUCCACGUUUGAGUGUCACAGAAGUGAGUCGAAUACGGAAAUUGGUGAAGACACCCGUGGUUCUGAUGUCAAACAAAGCAAGAAUUAUCCAGAAGCAAUUGAUCCUCAGUUUGCAGCGAAGUUCUAUUGCCCUAAAAGUCAGGUGGUCUCAUUCAUAUGGGCUGUUUGUCGGAGCAUAGUUCCUCCAGAUAUGCUGGGUGGCUGUUCUAAUUGGAGAAUAUUAAGGAGAAAUAUUUCCAAGUUUAUAAAAUUACGAAGAUUUGAAAACUUUUCCUUGAACCAAGCCAUGCAUAAAUUGAAAACCUCACAGUUUCCAUUUUUAUCAGAUAAACGUUCUUCAUGUUGUCAGAAUGGUAAGGUGUCGAAUUCUGUGGAGCAGAGGAAGGUUAUGUCAAAGGAAGCAGCAUACGUGAUGAAACGCUAUCUUACUGAAAGUUGGAUUUAUUGGUUAUUUUCACAUUUGAUUGUACCAUUGAUACAAGCACACUUCUACGUCACUGAAACUGAAUUUGGGAGACAAGAUGUUUAUUUUUUCCGGAAGUCAAUAUGGGAGAAGUUAACAAAGGGCGUCACCACAAGCUUUAAAGAUAAAGGUUAUUGUUACUUGAAUGACUCAUCUGUCAGAGAUAUUCUGGCAAAUAGAUCAUUUGGUUUCUCAAAACUUAGGCUUUGUCCAAAAGAAAACGGAGUAAGGAUUCUGGCAAAUCUCAAGGCAUAUUCAAGAAUGGCAACAGAAAAUGGUGAAUGUUGUGGAGUGUAUGGAAAGAAAAAGCCUAUCAAGUUUAGUUACUACAAGUCUGUGAAUAAUGUUCUUAGAGAUGCUCACGCUGUUCUGAAAAGUAUUAAGUUAAAAGAACCAGAGCUAUUGGGAUCGUCAAUAUUUGAUUACAAUGAUGUCUAUCGAAAGUUGCGUAUACUUUUACCUGGCCUGAAGAAGGCGAAAGCUUCCAUGCCUGAUUUAUUCCUUGUUGUUUCUGAUGUAUCAAAUGCAUUUGAUUCUGUUGAUCAAGAUAAGCUGCUUGAUGUGAUGAAAAACAUUAUUGUGAAAGAUGAGUAUGAGCUUAAACAAUACCAUCACAUUUUAUGCACAAAGAAGACUAUGUGGGUUCAUGAGAAUGUAAUGUUGAUUGAUCCAGAUAUCGGUCCAAGAUUUUCCUCUCCACAAGUUCGUUCCUUGCAUAGCGUCCUUAUUAAUCAGGAAGGGAGCAGCUUCGUAAACAAGGAAAACCUCUUUUAUAUCCUAUACGAGCAUGUGAAGCGAAAUGUUAUGCAAUUUGAUAAAAAGUUUUACUUACAAAGAACAGGUAUUCCUCAAGGAAGUGUUUUGUCAUCUUUGCUCUGCUCAUUAUACUUUGGAGAUUUAGAGAGGAAGGUGCUUUUUCCAUUUCUUGGAAAAGUUAUUGAAUCUAGGGCUAAUGAAAUAUCUGUGAGACAAAGUUGUCUUGAUCCUUCUAUUUCCCUGAGUAGCAAUGAGGAUGAAAUGAUAACAAAUCCUAGUUAUAUGCUGCUUAGAUUUAUUGAUGAUUUCCUUUUCAUAUCGACCUCGAAGCAGCUGGCAGAAAAAUUCUUAUCCAGACUUCACAGAGGCUUCCGGGCAUAUAAUUGCUACAUGAAUGAAAGAAAGUUUGGUCUGAACUUUGAUUUAGCAAAUACAUCUGGACUCGUCUCCAAAAGAGUCUAUGUUGGUGAAGAUGGUGUUACAUUUCUUCAAUGGAGUGGUUUGCUUGUCAACUGUCGGUCUCUUGAAAUUCAGGCAGACUACACAAAGUAUUUGAAUAACCACUUAAAUUCAACCCUAACUGUUUGCUGGCAUGGCAAACCUGGACAUCAUCUAAAGGAAAAGCUAUGUGACUAUUUAAGGCCCAAAUGUCAUCCAAUCUUCUAUGAUAUGAAUAUCAAUACUGCUGCAGUUGUGAGAUUAAACAUUUUUCAAUCAUUUCUAAUAUGUGCAAUGAAGUUCCAUUGCUACAUAUGCCAUUUAUCAUAUAUGUGCAAAUUCAGCAGAAAUUUUCUCUUGAAGAUCAUUCUAAGAUCUCUAAGGUACAUGGAUGUACUCAUAAAGAAUAAGAUGUCUUCUAUUAAGCUCGAUUCGCUUCCACGUCCAAGUCUGCAGCUAGAGGAUGGAGAAGUCGAAUGGCUAGGACUAAAUGCUUAUGUUCAAGUGUUGACAAGGAAACAGGCACGACAUAGUCGGUUACUGUCAUCGUUGAACUUGAGAUUAUUGGCACAUCGAUUGUCGAGGUGCAUCUCUUCAGAUCUGAUCUAUGCAGUUGAUUGCUCACAUUCAUCCUUACUUUGGAAAAUCAAGUACUAGUUUCUAAAUGGUAAGUAUUUGGUAAUUUCUGAAGCUUUACAAUUGAAAUUAGAGCAGUCUUUUCUUGGUUUUUGUGCAUGGAGUCUACACAGGUGAAGUGGAAAAGGAUUUUGUUGAUGGAAAGGCUUGAAAGUAAAGCACUCAUCCAAAAUUUGAAACUAAUGAGUUCUCUUAAGGGGUGUUUGGAUCGAGAGAAUUGAGAUAGAAAAUGGGUGAGAAUGAGUAAGAGAUAAACAUCCUCUUGUUUGAUAUAAGUUUUGUAACUUUAGGCAUGGAAUAAGUUAUUCCCAUGCAUCUAUCAUACUCAUGAAUGAUAUCUAUCCAAAAAGUUGGGUUUUCUUCA